CAAGCCGGACUUGACUGUGUCGGCGACAUGUUAACUUUUCAAAACACCAACAUUCUUCCCAGCCCUUAACUUUUUUUAAAAGCGCAUUUUAGCGCGUCGUUGUACUGCGCGGUAGCUUAGCGCUUCGUGCUUUGAAAAACGGCUCGUUGGCAGUCGCGUAUGCACCGUACAGUUACAACUGUACUCCCGUUUGUUUGUUUGUUUGUUGUUUGUUUCGUCGUUUCGGGUGAAAGUGUACAAUGGGAAGGGAUUCUCCUCUGUCGAGCGUCAACGUCGUGCUCGUCAUGGCCUUUGGGAGUCUGGAAACGAUGCACCCUCACGGCUUGUCCGGGAUGAGCGGAACAGCCUACAGCCACACAACCAACCGCUUUCCCAAAAAUCAUAAAAGUUAUGAACAGAAUCGGUGACAAAGGGCAGCCUUGGCGGAGUCCGACUUACUGCCGGGGCCGUUCCUCCCAAUCACGCCCUUCCAGGUCUCGCUGUCAUUGCCCACGUCUUUGUCUUGCUGUUCAUCUUCGUGAAAAGACAAAUAAUGCGACUAGCCAUGAAAUCUCGACGGGGACCCCACGUUCCCAUUGGUCACAAUGCUCCUAAGGAGCUUAGGCAAGAAAUCGAAGCCAAACUGUGCCUAGUCCAGAAAAUCCACUUUGAGCCACGUCUGAUGUCUUCAGAGGAUGAGCGGCUAAAAUCUGGUGGCUGUGACUACCAGUACAGGAUGAGAGCACUGGACGCCAUCCGAGACACAGACUUUCCUUUUUGUGAACUGGGCGGAUCCUGCAGCGCCGUGACGGGAAAACGAUUCCGAAGUUGGCUUCUGCAGCUAAAAAAUUCCCACUGCCUCUUCCGGGACGGCCAGAAGGGUCUGAUUGACACGGUGCUGGACGGCUACAACAAAGCACGCCACGGGGACAAGGCUUUUGGUGAAGCAGAACUGUGUAAAUACCAGGAGGCUCUAACUGAACUGGCCUCUGUCGUCAAGAGCCAGAGCAGAAGCAGUAGUAAUAGCAGCACGGCGAGCCAGCACCACCAGACCGCCGCUAAAGACUUGACCGCCACCGUCGAGCCCGUUGGCGCCUCCCCAUCGUCGCGGGCCCACCUCACGUCGGCGGCGCAGCAGCGCAUCAAGCGGACCAGGAAUCUGCUGGAGCUCAAGAACUUUAAAGACAAGUACAACACACUGGACAGUACAUUGUGAGAUGAGAUGAGGGAGGGGAAGGUUUUAUUGGUUAGAUCAUUCAGUGUAUCCAUCUAUCCAUUUUGUAUCGUAAAGGUUCUCAAGCUUUUUGGGUCUAGCGACCCCUUACAGGGUGGAGUUUUUUCCGAGGACCCCCUCAUAAUCCUAAGGCCAAUUAAACGAAACCAGAUGUUUACAUACACCAUGUAAAAAAAAAAGACGCGUAUAGUUUUUUUCCCCCCUC